AUGGUGCAGUUGCUGCCCGGUCGACGUGCUGUUCGCUUGAUGCACCCUGAACAAGAGCGAGCUUUGCGUGAACCUUCAAAGAAAGGGAAACGAGUGCCUUUCAGGUCAGACGCGUUGCCGUCUUGGAGCCCUGGCACGCACGCGGCGUUUGUUUCAGGUGCUGGCUUGCCGAACGCUGUCCGCAGUUGGGUGCGUCACGGGAGCGCUCGCUGCUCUUCGUCUACGUGCCUUCUGGCGCGAGGCCUGCAGCUGUGCUUCAUAACCAGGGUACCUGAAGUGCCGCUGACGGGCGUGUACUCGAGGCGGAGUCGGCGAGCUGCGGGAGUUGCGCUGCCGCGCCUCGCGCUACGGGCUGCUGCGAAUGAACUGCCGUCCCAAGCGAGGACACGGGGUGCAGAACUCGCAGAGGCGGUGCGCCGCGAAUACCCUCAAAUGUUUAACCCGAGUUACACGCCAGACUGGGCUCUCUACGACGAGCGUAUUGUCUUCGAAGACCCGAUCACCCGGCUGGAAGGUAUCGGGGCGUACCGGCGGAACAUUGAGUUCCUUCGCCAGUCGCCAGUGUUCGGAGACGGGCGUCUCCUGUUGCAUGAUCUGAGCAUGCCGCAGCCGUGCACGCUCUGCACACGCUGGACGCUCUCUCUGCGCGCGAAGUUUUUUCCUUUCCAGCCGCUCGUGACUUUCACCGGCACAUCCACGUACGAAUGGGGUGCCGAUCACGGACGCAUCGUAUCGCAUAUUGAUCGCUGGGAUAGUAUACAGCGGCAGGCGUACUUUUCUCCAGAGGGAUUGCGGGAUCUGCUGAUGCAGCUGUUCCGGCAACCGUUCCGCAAUCUUGAAGGUACAAUUCUGUACCGUUUUCGCGACAUCAUGAUUGUACAGCAGCGGGAUGGCGCGGUCAUCGCCCGAGGGGUGUAUCGCGCGCUUUCGCUAGCGGAGCUAGAGGCACAGCUAGAGAAAACAUUCCCGGUGCAUGGGUAUCGCGCGGUUUCUGAGGAAAACGAUGCCGAGCGGAGCAAUGCAACCGGUCGCGUUCGAGUUCAGGUGCGCAAGGCGGAUCCAUCACGAAAGCCUUGA